GGAAAUAUGUUCAUCGCGGUAGGCAUCGCCCAUGGCUUUUCAUAUCACAGUAGCCAGUGAGGUCGCGAUCGACAGUGGCAACCAUGCUGGAGCUCACGAAAGCCUGCAUGGCAGGGCUCUGCUUUUGCCCGAAGAAGUACAUCCUGGUCAUGAUGACGUUCUUCGCCAUCUUUAACCAGUACACGAUGCGCAUCUGUCUUCAUCUAGCCAUCACGGUGAUGACAGGCGAUCGGAACGACACCGUGUCGGGUGUGUCGAUUUCCGACGAGGACCACUUCGAUUGGGACGAAUACGAGCAGGGCAUUAUACUGUCGGCGUUCUAUUGGGGCUACACGUUGUCCCAUUUUGCGAGUGCCCUUGUCGCUGAUCGUUAUUCGAAGCAUCUGCUUGGCGUGAGUGUACUGAUAACGGCGGUUCUUACAAUUCUGACACCACUCGCGAUCGAUAUCGGUGGAUCGUGGUUGUUGGUAUUGGUGCGUGUGCUCGAGGGCAUCGGAGAAGGUGCAACCUUCCCAGUGUUGAGUGCACUCAUAGCCCACUGGAUCCCGGCAUCGCAGCGAGGCUUCUACGGUUCGUUCAUCUUUAGUGGAUGUCAAAUCGGAGCGCUUAUAGGUGGCAUCGGUACCGGGUAUUUCAUCGAAGCACACAACACCUGGCGGACGACGUUCUACAUCUGGGGUGUAAUGGCCAUAAUCUGGUACAUAGUUUGGCUGUUUAUCGGAUUCGAAAGCCCAGAAACGCACCCGUACAUCAGUGAGCAGGAGCGUUCCGAAUUGGUAGCACAGCUAGCCGAAAGUCGUAAAAGUGCGCACUCGUAUCCCAUUCCUUGGCGCAGUAUCCUUACGUCCUGUCCACUGUGGGGACUGAUAGCGGGACAAAUCGGGCACGAUUGGGGCACGUAUCUGAUCAUAACCGAUCUGCCGAAGUACAUGAAAAGCAUCCUCCAAAUCUCCGUCAGCGAUAAUGGGCUGGUCACCUACACGCCCUUCUUCAGCAUGUGGCUGUUUUCGAUUAUGGGUGGGUGGCUUUGCGAUAUGCAGAUCGAGAAGCAGUGUACAUCACGCACCAAUGCACGCAAGUUCUGGACCACACUCGGUUCGGUACUGCCAGCGUUCUUUAUGAUGGCGGCAUCCUACACCGGAAAGGAUAAGGUGCUGGUCAUCACGUACUUUGCACUGUGCGUUACCUUUCUCGGUGGGUUUUAUCCGGGCGUGAAGGUGAACACGAACGAUCUGAGUCCGAACUUUGCCGGUGUGUUGAUGGGUAUGGUGAACGGGAUUGGUGCCGUGACUGGCAUCAUUACACCAUAUUUGGCUGGGCUUUUAACUCCAAAUCAAACGUUAGAAGAGUGGCGCGUCGUAUUUUGGAUAGCUUUCGCCGUGCUCAACAUUACCAACGUCAUCUUCAUACUGUUCGCAUCGGGUGAGAUUCAACCCUGGAACUAUCCCCGACAGCAGCAACAGUCGUAAAGAAGCGCACGCUGCAGAAAACAAGACGAUGGCGCGAAAAAAAACUCGUCCUUCCAGUAUCGAAAAUCCAAACCACGGCAGCAUGCACUCCUGCUAAAAUGUUGAAUUAAAUUUUCUCUCAACCUUGAACCGUGAGUAAAAAUA